UCUCUCUCUCUCUAUAUAUAUAUAUAUAUAUAUAAGAUUAUAUGACAAAAUCUCAGAUCUAGGAGAGUAAAGCGUGAAGAAGAAAAAGAGAAGGAAGUUACAGAAGAAGAUAAAUGGAUUCUUGUUGCAGGAGAGCGAACAGGAGUGACAUUCAUUUACCGAGAGAAGAAGAAGAAAAACUUGGAGAGCAGACGAGAGAAUACUACGAUAGAUUAGCUCCUGAGCGCCAUACUAAGCCGCAGAGAAGCGAGUAUUCUCCUACAUAUGUCGACGCUUUCUCCAACCAUGAAAACAACAGUUUGAUUCCAGAGUAUGCUGAGUUUCAACGCCUUGAAAAUGAUACUCAGAAACUGGUAUACAAAGGAAAUGAAGUGAUGGAAGAAUUCAUAGAGACUGAUUACUACAGAGAUCUCAACGGCAUAGACAAACAACACCACACGACCGGGACUGGAUUCAUUAAAAUCAACUCAAAUGCCAAAUGCUUCAGUUUGGUGCCCGAUCCUUCAAAUACCUGCCACACCUCCUGCAAGGGCAAUCCAGCAACCAACGACUGGAUUCCUGCCACUGCUGAUACCGUCACUUUUACAUCAGACAAACCAAAUAGAAGCGACAACUGAAGUAAAAAAGGCAGUCUGAUCUUUUCUCCAGAAUAAACAAGUAGAAGCUGCAAAAGUUUCCUCAGCAUCCUGUAGUGAACUUUCAUCAUGAAUUUCGAAAAUGAAGAAGAUAAAAAGUACGUAAUAAUUAUUUUUGAGGAACAAGAGUUGUACCAAGGAAUCCUGCAGCUUGGGCUACUACAUACGUUGUAAUGCAGUCUUACAUGUUUGUCACUUUAGUGGCAAUUCUAGUCACCCCAAUGACCUACAUUCCCUACUUCUUAAUAGUAUUUUAGUACUUCACAUAA